AUGACUGAGGCGGAAUCCAUCCCGCGAGUCCAACUCGCGAAGAAAUCCAUGUGGCAGUCUGUCUUCGAGAACCCCAAAGUGCUAGCCAUCGCUUUCUUCGCCUCAUUCGGUGGUUUCGAGUAUGGCUACCAACAAGGUGUCCUCGGCCAGUCCCUGGUCAUGACCCGCUUCAUAGAGAAUUUCCCAACAGUAGUAGCCUCCUCCACCGCAACAGGCUGGCUAACCUCUGUCCUCCAAUUGGGCGGUGUCGUCGGCUCCCUGUCAGCCGGUAUCUUGGGCGAAGUCUACUCGCGCAAAUACACAAUGUUCUUCGCCUGUUGCUGGGUCAUCCUCGGCAGCUACCUGUACAUCGGCGCGACAGCCGGCAACCCGUCCCUGCUGUACGCGGGCCGAUUCUUCACCGGCCUUGGCGUCGGUCUCUUCAGUGGUGUGGGGCCUCUCUAUAACGCCGAACUGGCCGCACCUGAAAUGCGCGGUCUGCUCGUCUCCUUCUAUCAGUUCGCUACUAUUCUCGGAAUAAUGAUUUCUUUCUGGGUCGGGUAUGGCAGUAACAACAUCGGCGGUACGGGAGAUACGCAGUCCGAUCUUGCUUGGCGUCUGCCUUCUAUUAUUCAGGGUAUCCCUGCUGUUGCGCUUGCUUGUGGUAUUUGGUUUAUGCCUUUCUCACCCCGCUGGCUGGUUAAGCAGGGUCGGGAUCAGGAGGCGCAGGAUACCAUUGCUUGGAUGCGUAAACUCACUGUUGAUCAUGACCUUGUGCAGAUGGAGUACCUUGAGAUUAAGGCUGAGGCUGUCUUUGAGGAGCGUGCGUUUGCUAAGGCUUCGCCGAAGCUUGCCGAUAAAGAGAAGAAGAGUGUCUUCAUGAACCAGAUCGCGCAGUAUACCAACUGCUUCCGCUCGAUGGAUAACUUCAAGCGUGUUUGUAUUGCUUGGUUGGUUAUGUUCUUCCAGCAAUGGAGUGGUGUCGAUGCUAUUAUUUACUACGCCUCAAAUGUCUUCGUCAGUCUCGGACUGACUGGUGGUACCAUUGCUCUGCUGGCAACCGGUGUGACCGGUGUCGUCUUUCUCAUCAGUACCAUCCCCGGGAUGUUGGUCAUCGACAAGUUUGGCCGCAAGCCCAUGCUUCUGGUCGGAUCUCUUGUCAUGCUUGCUAGCAUGGUCAUCGUCGGCGUGAUCGUGGCCAAGUUCCAACAUGACUGGCCUCACCAUGUGGCAGCCGGCUGGACCGCAGUUGCUUUGAUCUGGCUGUAUAUCGCAGGCUUCGGCGCCACUUGGGGCCCCGUCUCAUGGACUCUAGUUUCCGAGAUCUUCCCUCUGUCUAUCCGGGCAAAGGGUGCCUCCAUCGGUGCCUUCAGCAACUGGAUCAACAACUUCGCUAUUGCCUUCUUUGUUCCCCCUAUGCUCCAGAAUUGGGAAUGGGGUACUUAUAUCUUCUUUGCUGUUUUCCUUGCAUGUGGUAUUGUCUGGGUUUGGUUCUUCCUCCCUGAAACCAAGGCGCGUCGUUGGAAGAUAUGGAUCAGUAAUGCCGGCGAGCAGGAUGCUGAGCUCCUCCGUGAAGCGCAGCGCGAUGUGGGUUUGACUUCGUUCCUUGAGCGUAUGUCCGGAAAUAGCGGCGAUCUCGAGAAAAAUGAGGCGUUGCAGUAUAUUGAGAAGGUUUAA